AUGGACGCCGUCGAACAAGGCACGGCCGCAGAGGCUAAAGGUCGAACCGUCGUCGAGUUAUCAGAGCGCAUUUGUGUUCGAGAAUGGCGACAUACUGACGCCGCUUCUGGCUCUCACCAUGGCGGCAACAUCAAGGUCUGGAACAAUCUCCGUAAUCGAAUGCCGCACCCAUAUACAGAAGCGAACGCCGCAGGAUGGAUAAACUUCUGCCAUGACACUGUCAAUCAUCGCGGAUCAGGUACUUGGAGUCCAGAAACCGGCUCCCAAGGUCCCAAGAUACCGACAGGCUACGCAAUCGCCAUCAAUGGAGAAGCAGUCGGUAGCAUUGGCCUCAAUUUCGCAGAUGAGAAAGACGUCUAUCUCCACCAAGCCGAGCUGGGCUACUGGCUAGGAGAAGAGCACUGGGGUCAGGGCGUGAUGUCCAAAGCUGUGCCUGCCUUCGUGCACUGGGCAUUCAAGACCUUCGGAAUCCUGUUCAGAAUUAAUGGCUCGACGAGUGAGAACAAUGUGGCCAGUGCUAAACUCUUGAAGAAAGCUGGAUUCGAGUAUGAAGGCAGACGGCCGAAUUUCAUCACGAAGAAUGGUGUUACUACUGCGGAGCUGAUAUGGGGUGUGCUGAGGCCAGAGAACGACUAG